AUGGAAAUAAGUCAGACUGCAGGUGAGAUUUUUGUGUGUCAACAAAGGUAUGCAACCGAGAUUUUCAUGAAGUUUGGAAUGGAGAAUUGUAAACCAGUGGAUACCCCACUGGUUCCGAACCUGAAACUGAGCAAAACUAAUGGUGCAGAGAGGGUGGAUGAAGGGAAAUACAGGAGCUUGGUAGGAAGUUUGCUGUAUUACACAGCCACCAGACUUGAUCUUAUGUUCAUUGCAAGUUACCUUUCAAGGUUCAUGAGCAACCCAAGUGAACUGCAUUUCAAGGCUGUUAAACAUGUGCUAAGGAAUGUAAAAGGAACCAUCAUGUUAGGCAUCUGUUUUAAGAAAGCUGAAAGUCUGAAAUUGUUGGGGUAUACUGAUAGUGACUGGGGUGGAUCCCUGGAUGAUGCAAAAAGCACAUCUGGUUAUGUAUUUUACUUAAAUCAGGGUGCAAUUUGCUAG